CCCCGUAUUCUCAGUAUGACUUCUGGGAAGGCAUUCCUUCGAAUUGCCAAAGAAUUUUUUAACAGGAGUGGUUUCUCUUACCUGUGGUCUGCGGACAGGUAUCGACAAGGCACGAUACUCGAUACGUCAGUGGUCAUUACAAGCAUAUUUCAUAGUAACGGCUUGGUAACUGGACGAAGGAAAAUGUCGACCCAAGAAAUCCUUUAUUCACCAAGUGAAUGGAGUAAAAGAUUUAAACCGGAAGAAUUAAUAUCACGGUUUUUAAUUCUUGCAGUGAACGUAAUGAAAAAAGCACGAAACACUACGAAGUGUCUUUUAGACAUCCCAUAUGGUCCAACAGAGCGUACGAAAUAUGAUAUUUAUGGAACCGACUUACCCAAUGAUGCACCAAUAUUUAUAUAUAUUCAUGGUGGUUAUUGGCAAGAAUUAAGUAAAGAUUUCGGAGGAUUUUCAGUGCCAGUUCUUGUCGCCAAUAAAAUUAAAGUUGUAUUGAUCGGAUAUGAUCUAUGUCCUAAUGUUAAAUUACAGGAUAUAAUUUCUCAAAUAAAAAUUGCAAUUGAGACAAUUUUAAGUUCUGCUGUAAAUUCUGGAUGUCGAUGCGUUUGGAUAUGCGGUCACAGUGCUGGUGCACAUUUAGCAGCCGCAUUUUUACACGAUACAAAAUGGAUUGAAUGUAUGACGAAGCGAGGAUAUUUUCAAUUGAUAAAAGGUCUGUUGCUCGCUGGCGGAAUUUAUAAUUUAGGACCUCUUACCAAUACCUCGUAUAAUGAAGCUUUAAAACUUUCGGAAGAUGAUAUUAGAGAAUUAAGUUUUUCUACUCUCGAUACUAAAGAAUAUAAACCUAUUAAAAAUUUAAAAGUAAUCGUUACUGUAGGAGAGUGUGAUUCUCCUGUAUUUAUUAACGAAACACGUGAAUAUGCUCAAAAAAUUAUGUCUUUUGUGGAUAACGUAGAGUAUAUUUUAUUACGCGACAACAUUGAUCAUUUUGAUAUCGUAGAAAAUUUAUUAGAUACUGAAUUUGUUUUAACACGAUUAAUAUUGCAAUAUAUGAAUGUAUAGAAACACGAAUACUUAAAGUAUAUAAUUAAAAACGAAGCAUACAUAUAUA